AUGGGAAUCUCGAAAAAUGUGUCUUCUACUUAUAACGUUAAGGAAGUUUGGGGUGCUUUACCUUCUAGAUGGUUGUACAUCUCAAAUUUUCCUACAGAUGUUAACCUUUGGCGCCACAUAAAAUUAAUUUUUGAGUUUUAUGGUGUCGUCCAAGAAAUUCUUGUUGGAUUCAGUUAUGCUUAUAUAAUUUACUAUGAUUUUCGUGACGCUGUCAAGGCACUUCAAUUCCUCCAUCAUAAAGAUGUGCCUCAUAAUCAAUUUAGAUUGGAAAUCUGGUUUUCUUCUAAACUAUAUGAGUUCCUGGUUGCUUCUUCACCAGGCUUAGAAUGUAGGUCUGAAUAUAUGGUAAAGGGUUUUCCAUCCCCGUCUGAAAAUAGUACCGUGAUCUCUUCUGGUAAUAAAGCUAUCCCAGACAAGAAUACUCUAGAUCUUGAAAGAGUUAAAAAUG